GCCUGUGCCUGACUUUUAGUAGUAGUUUAUUUAGUUGUUGGAGCGAUCAACACUUGCCAUAUUGCCAUGGCAUUAGAGUGUCAGCAAAUAUUCGGGAUUGGUCUGGAGUGGAAUGGAAUGGAAUGGCAUGGCAUAUGGCAGCUGAAUAGCUAGGAAACGGUUUUAGUUCCGUUCCUGCUAUGAUUUGGGCCACAUGCGGCUUAAUGCCCCCAAAAGAGCUCUAAGCCUCGCUCCGGGUCUGGGUUUCAGCCACGAAAAUCCCCAGACACUAAAACAAAAGUUGCCUCUCAAUCGAACCCUUUUUGUCUGCCUGUCAUCAGCGGGUAGCAAGUGCUCUUAAAGUGUAACAAAACUAUAAAUGGGUUAUCCCAAUGGGCUUGCCAUCUCAGAGAUACAUACAAUAAUGGUCUUUGAAUGUUGUUUGAUGCCUGAUAAUUGUUGUCUCAAAAACACACAUUGAAAUGUAUCUGUUGGGGAUUUUCCGAUCAGGAAAACAAAUAAUCCCAAACUUUAUGCAAGACUCUAACCGUUCCCCAGUGGCAGCCCAUCGUCAUAUGACCUUUUUGAGGAUGUCUUUCAUGCUACAUCAGUCCAAAUCCUUCGAUAUUAACCCAGUUGACAGCACAGCACUUCGAUCAGUGAUGUCUCCAUGGGGGUGCCAUCGGCGUGUCGACACCGUCGAAAAAAUUAUUUUACUGGACGAAAAAAAACAGACGGUGAUGCAAAAAUUCACCGUCAAAUGCUGUAAACCUAUAGAAAUAAAUGAAUAUCAUUUACAUAUUUGA